UUGAGUAAAAUUUGCACCUAGCUGUUCAAUGGCAGCGAGGAAUCUCAUUGCAGCAUGAGCACAGGCAGAUCUGGAAAGCCAAUGGGAAAUCAAUAGAGGGAUCACAUUUUGCAUUGUUUUAAAUUUAUUUUAUAAGUGUUGACUGUAAAUAUGUACAGUGACAUUUCCCUUUAGCCUCACCUCCACUGACGAUUAGGUCCUGAUAUAACACAUAGUACGACAGGUAAAACUGGAGACAAGCCUAUGUGAAGGAACGAUGAAGUUGCUACUUGCUCUGAUCAGUUCAGCGCUUUCCCUGGCUGCUAUUUCAGCUACCGAUGAUUUAAUUUCACUGGCGGAGAUGGAAGACUCGCUACUAAGAAAUUUAUUUAGAGGCUAUCAGAAAUGGGUAAGGCCAGUUCAGCACUCUGAUGAUACCAUAACAGUCAAGUUUGGACUGAAGAUUUCCCAGCUUGUGGAUGUGGAUGUAAAGGAUCAGCUUAUGACGACAAAUGUAUGGUUAUGGGAGGAGUGGACCGACUGCAAACUGCGCUGGAACCCAGAUGAAUAUGGAGGUAUCACCUCAAUCAGAGUUCCUUCUGAAACUAUCUGGCUGCCUGAUAUAGUGUUGUAUGAAAAUGCCGACGGACACUUUGAAGGAUCCUUGAUGACAAAAGUAAUUGUGAAGUACAAUGGCACUGUGAUGUGGACCCCACCUGCAAGCUAUAAAAGCUCCUGUACUAUGGACGUGACAUUCUUUCCAUUUGACAGACAGAAUUGCUCAAUGAAGUUCGGUUCUUGGACUUAUGAUGGGGACAUGGUGGACCUCAUUCUCCUUGACGAUCACGUGGACAGAAAUGACUUUUUCGACAAUGGAGAAUGGGAGAUUCUUAAUGCCACUGGAAUUAAAGGAAACAGAAAGGAUGGGUUGUACUCCUACCCAUUCAUCUCAUAUUCUUUUAUUCUCAAACGCUUACCUCUGUUCUAUACUCUGUUUUUGAUCAUCCCUUGUCUUGGUUUGUCUUUCCUGACUGUGCUGGUAUUCUACUUGCCCUCAGACGAAGGAGAAAAGCUGUCAUUGUCCACCUCAGUUCUAGUGUCUCUCACUGUCUUCCUGUUAGUUAUUGAGGAGAUCAUCCCAUCGUCUUCCAAAGUGAUCCCUCUCAUUGGCGAAUACUUGCUGUUCAUCAUGAUUUUUGUGACGCUGUCCAUUAUAGUCACUGUGUUUGUUAUCAAUGUACACCAUCGUUCUUUAGCCACUUACCACCCUAUGUCUCCCUGGGUGAAAAAACUGUUCCUUCAAAGGCUUCCGAAGCUACUCUGCAUGAGAGGACACACUGAUCGCUAUCAUUAUCCAGAAAUUGAUUUGAACAGCCCUGAUGAAAAAAAGAGGCCGUUAUCUGGGAAAGCUGAUGAAAACAAGGUGUUGGUGGAACUCCUGGAAAAAGCUACCAAUUCUGUACGAUACAUCUCAAGGCAUAUUAAAAAGGAGAACUUCAUUAGAGAGGUUGUCCAAGACUGGAAAUUUGUGGCUCAAGUCCUGGAUCGAAUUUUCUUGUGGGUGUUUCUGACAGUUUCCAUUCUUGGUACAAUCCUAAUUUUUACACCAGCUUUACGAAUGUAUUUGAGUACCUAAAAAUGAAAAUAAGACACUACUUAUAUCAACGUUAGUAUUUACUGUAAGUUUGGAAUUGGCGUUAUCAACCUGUCUGAUCAAAA